AUGACGAAAGCUUCCACAGCUCAGGAAGUCAUAAAGACCUUGGGCCUCUCUCCGCAUCCAGAAAAAGGAUACUUCAUUGAGACGUUUCGCGACAGCUAUUCAAUAAAUGAUCGCUCUAGCAGCACCUGCAUUUAUUAUCUCAUUGAGGGUUUAACUGGGCCCUCACAAUGGCAUCGUGUUUUAGAUGGUGUCGAGGUAUGGCAUUACCACGCUGGUGCACCACUACAACUAUCGCUUUCUUGGGAUGAUGGAAAACCAACCCGAAAUGCUAUUUUGGGAAUCGACUUCGAAAAGGGUCAUCGACCGCAGGCUGUCGUUCAGCGCAGAGAGUGGCAACAUGCGAGGAGUUUGGGAGACUGGACACUUGUUGGAUGUAUGGUGGUACCGGCCUUCCUCUUCGAGUCAUUCGAGAUGGCUGGAGAGGGGUGGGAGCCCCGGCUAACUGCAGAUGCUUAA